AUUUCGUUUCUCGAAACUGUAGCCAGGAAUAUCGUGCCUGUAGCACUUGUUCUAUGCGGCUUUUUCACGUCUUCUUUAUAUGAACAACUGUAUAUGCUUUCCGGAAAGUCAUAGACUCAGCGAUAAACUUUCGUCGCAUCAUCUCCUGUUGUCACCCGUCACAAUGAUGUUCAUCGUUUUCCUCUCUUAUCUACCGUUAGCAUUCGUGUUAGCACAAGAUGACCAGAUCACGUGUUCCAUACCCCCCGUUGAGCUUUAUCAAGACACUGCUCUCACGUGUUAUUUUCCUGAGGACCUAAAUGUAACCAAGAAAGAUUUCUCCAUCUACCACUUUAGUACAAACACAAAACCGGAUGCUGUGAUAGACUGCUGGUGGAUGAAUGGCACUUUAAACUGCGUCAUUAAUGGUGGCUACAAGUAUAACAAGACAGUAAACACACAGCUGACAGUUACUUUGAGUCACGUGUCAAAGGCACAAUCAGGAACCUACGCUUGUCAAGUUGCCGGUUACAGGCCCAGCUCUUUUGGAACUUGCCAACUGGAAAUCAAACAGGUCGAUCGAGAGGGCAGGAUCGCAUGCUCUAUUCCAAUGGUCCAACCAGGUGAGGACGUUGUUUUGACGUGUCACUACCCCGAGGACCUCAGUGUAACCAAGAAAGAUUUUUCCGUCUAUCACUACACGAAAGGCAUAAAUCCUGAGGCUGUUCUAGACUGUUGGUGGAUGACUGGAAAAUUGAAAUGCAUUGUAAAUCCAGGCUAUAAGUACAACGAGAUAGUAAAUUCACAGCUGGAUCUUAACAUAAGUCACGUGAUGUCGGUAAACAAAGGAACCUAUUCUUGUCAAAUUGCCGGCUAUAAGCCCAGCCUUUUUGGAACAUGUCAAUUGGAAAGUGGGCAGAGCAAACGUGAUAAAAAGAUUGAGUGUUUUAUGCCACAUGUACAGACAGGCGAGGACGUUAGUCUGACAUGUCGCUUCCCUGAGGAACUGAGUGUCGCCAGGAAGGAGUUCUCUGUCUAUCAUGUCACUGAAGAUGCCAAGCAAAAUGCUGUAGUGGACUGCUGGUGGAGUAGAGACAAGCUGAAGUGUAUCACAAAUUCAGGUUACGAAUACAAUAAAACAGAUGACACUACUCUGACAGUCACCAUCAGACACGUGACAGCGUCACAUGCAGGAGUAUACGUCUGUGACUUAGCCGGCUAUAGCUCUAGCUCUUUUGGAAUGUGCCAUCUCCAAAUCAGCCAUGACAUAAAGGCAGAGCCUGUUAUUAAAACGUCGUUGGUUAUUGGACUUACUUGUGCCUUCGUUGCUGUAGCCGUCGUAGUUACAGUUCUGGUCAUUUUCUUCAGAAAGAAAUUGCUCAAAAACUUUAUGAGAGGAAAAAGGCGAUACAGAAGCAAGAGGGAAGAUGAGACUCAAAGCAAAGAAGAACUAUCACUGAUUGCCACAAAUCACAAAAGUAUAAAGGUGGAGUUUCAAGAAUUUAUGUUAAAGAAUGUCAGAGAAAUGUUCCGGGACAUGCUUAAUGGCUGCUACUUUGUGCCUCCAAUCUACUUCAACAAAACUCGAUAUAAGACGGAAACUGUCGCCGGGCAAGUUGUUUACAUUCCUGAUCCUCCUGACCCCAGUGAUGUACUGUACAACCAAGUCAUGCAAAAAGCUUUGCUUUGCUUGCGCCGCAUCGUGAAAACUAAGCAGCAACGAAUGUUUGUUCUCACAAAUUUUAACUACGACGACUACUUGAACAACCCUGGCCAUAAUUUUAUAACACAUGGCCUUCCUGUUCCUGCUGGUCUCAAAAAACAGGAAGGAGACAACGAGAUCGGUUGUUUUGAUUUUCUGAUCAUCCAUCGGCAGUACGGGGUGGUGGUUGGGGUGGUAAAGACUGUUAGUGACAAGAACGAAACUGAUCACCUGAUGGUCACAGAGGUGUCUGAAGCUAUUCUACAACUGACAAAGGCAUCUCGUAUGAUAAAACAUCUCAUGUCAGACCAGAAUCGCCCUCUAAAAGUUCGACAGACCUUACUUUUACCCAACAUCGAGAGUACGACGCUAAACCGAGUUCUUCACAAGCACCCUGACCUGACUCAGAAGCUGCGCAAGUGCUUUCAAACCAAAGACACCCCAGUUCACCUAUGCCUAUGUGCCGACUCUGUUGUGAUGACCUGGUGGGACAGCUUGAUGACGAAGUCUACAGAUGACUAUAUUAUGAAAGAUGACCUGUAUGAAUGCAUGAUAGCAAGAUUCUGUGGGCCUGCUACUACAUCUGCUGUAGACAUUCCAAGAACACCCGAUGGCCUUCAAUUGCCAAAGACUCUGGACCAAGCCGUGUCCGUAACCGGAGACUUGUUUGAUCGUUGUACACUGUACCCGGGUAUGACAGACUUCAUGCAGGAGCCUCGGGUGUUUCUUUCAGGACCACCUGGCACCGGAAAAACCAGGCUACUGGGUCUAGUCGGGCAAAAAUGGUUAUCUGAAGGUCAUGUGGUGCACAUAGUUAACACUUCAACUAAACUUACUUCUGCAACAAUACAACUUGUAAAGAUUCUGCAGGAGGCACAAUCAUCAUGCAUUUCACAGAACGAUGUGGUUGUCAUUUUAAAUUGUAACACAGAGAGGAGAAAGGAUAUCCGUGAGAUGGUUACCGAGCUGAAAGCAAAUGCAGGUGAAAAACCUGUUUGUGUACUUGCUGAUGACCUGGAGAUUAAUGCGGACAAGUCAAAAGAAAUUCAAGAGUUUUUUGAACGCCUUCUUGUGUGCUUGCCUGAUAUUAAUUGUUGGGCAAGUAGCUGCAGUUCUAAAUACGCGCCAGGAGGCUGGCGGUCAGAGGUUCUCACCGUACCUAUAAGCUGUCCGCCAGCAGUACUACGAGAGGCGAUGAAAGAAGAACGUAUUCCCUGCAUACCACCAUAUACAGCGAGGAAGUUUACACCACCUACUGAAGGCAUGCCUGUGAGGUUAAGUCUUCACACGUUUUGUGUGUCUAGCGAAGAGAUAAAUUAUAAAAAUUGUGGAACCAAAAUCGUCAAUUUUUUAUCAGAAGCUCUUCGAAUUUCUGGCAUCGACGCAAACCCUGGGGAAAUGGCAAUGGACGUGCUUUCUCCGGAACAUCAAAGACAAUACAGACAGCCAACAGCUCUCCAGUACAGAGACAUUUUAAUAUUGUUCGAAGAUGAUGUCAAACAGUUUAUGCCUGUGGUUACUGCUUGUAAAGAAUCAGGAAUCCCUGUGCAGAUUAUUGACCACAAGAGCCAAGAGGUUGUUUUAAAUAGUAAUGUUGUAGUUGCCACAAACGCCGGUUUCUUGUGUGGAAUUAAAAGAAAAGUGGUUAUUUAUGUUCAAGGAAAUACAGAGCCAUCAGACAUCUUUGCAACCUGGAACAAACUGCGCAGUAUAACCAGCUGUACAUCACAACUAGUGUUGUUUGUGAAUCCUUUCGUCAAUUUUAUGAAUAACAUUGUAACAGCAGCAGAACAAAUGUUCUCAAAUUUGUUUUCUCCAAUUUAAGCUUUUGUUACAAACACAAGAUUGUGAAAACUAAAUGGACUACCAGAUAUGGUUUGCAAAGAGACUGCUUUUCUUUCGUCACUUUUGAUUGGCCUGGUGUUCCCAAGGGAGUUCUUUUGUGCCGAGUUAUAUCGUCUUAUCAAGUAUAAAUUAGGAGACAUUACUUCUGAUUCUUCGUGUGGAAUGCAUGCAUUUUUCUAACCUUUACAUCAAUCUUACCUUGUUUAUCUCCCUUUUUUCUCAAUCUGAACAUCUAAGGGUAAAAAGUAUUCACACUUAUUCUCUCUUAUAGACUGCCGAACGAGUGUGUUGCUGUAAUCCGGUGUCCAGUCACUUAAUCCCCAGACACUUCAUCCCCGACACUUCAUCCCCGACACUUCAUCCCCUAGACUUUUAUCCCAGACACUUCAUCCCCAACACUU